AUGCCGUUACCAAGUAGUAUUGCAUCGGAAGCCAUGGAGAAUCGCCUUAUUCUAGAAGAGCUGAAUUAUAAUGUUAUCGAGCUGAUAAAAGAACAUGAAAGGUGUCAUCCAUUACUCAAUGACCAACAACUUAUUGUAUAUAAUCAUGUUUUAAAAGCAGUCGAGACAAACAUGGGUGGAGUCUACUUCGUAUAUGGCCAUGGGGGAACUGGUAAAACUUUUCUAUACAGAACAAUCAUUGCCAAACUCAAGUCAGAGAAAAAAAUAGUGCUUGCCGUAGCUUCUUCAGGUAUUGCAUCACUAUUAUUGCCGGGAGGAAGGACAGCUCAUAGUAGAUUUCAAAUUCCACUAGAUCUCUAUGAAAACAGCACGUGCUCGAUCAAACAAAAUACUCAUCUGGCUCAGCUAAUGGUUCAAACAGAUCUAAUAAUUUGGGAUGAAGCAUCAAUGACUAAAAGAUUUGCUUUUGAAGCUCUUAACAAGACACUUCAAGACAUAAUUGGUUACAAAUUCCCAGAAAAGAAAAAACAGCCGUUUGGAGGAAAGACCAUUAUUCUUGGAGGAGAUUUUAGGCAAAUACUUCCGGUGAUACCAAAAGGACGGCGGCAUGAUAUAGUUCAAGCAUGUAUCAACAAUUCUGAUCUGUGGGACCACUGCAAAAUUUUUAUGUUGUCCAAGAGCAUGAGAGUCCGAGAUACUACAGGUGAACAACAGGCUUCGACACGCGAAUUCAAUAAAUGGCUCCUUCAACUUGGUGAUGGAAACAUUGAAACUAUAUGCAAAGAUGGAGAAGAGAUUGCAUCAUGGACAAGGAUACCAAAUCAAUAUCUUAUCCAACCAAUGGGCGAUCCACUCAAACAAAUUGUGGAAAGCACAUAUCCAAACUUAAAGCGACAUUUGUGGAAUGAAGAAUAUCUCAGGGAAAGGGCAAUACUCACUCCUCUAAAUGAAACAGUUGAUGAAAUCAAUAAUUAUAUUGUUCAGAUUACUGAAGGAUCUACAAAACAAUACAGAAGCUCAGAUGAAAUUGACAAAACAACUGAUAACAUAUCAGAACAAGAGCUUAUGUAUCCCGUAGAAUUUCUCAACUCCUUGAGUAUUAAUGGGUUUCCUAAUCAUUGCUUAGAGCUUAAAGAAGGAAUGCCUAUUAUGUUAUUGAGAAAUAUCAAUCCUGCCUUAGGAAUGUGCAAUGGAACUAGACUCAUUAUUUUGCAUUUGGGAGAAAGAAUAAUAGAAGCAAAAAUAAUUACAGGAUCUAAUGUUGGUUCAAAAGUACUAAUCCCAAGGAUUGUUCUGACUUCUGAUGACUCUAAGUGGCCUUUUAUCUUGCGGAGGAAGCAGUUUCCCAUAAAGGUGUGCUACGCAAUGACAAUAAACAAAAGUCAGGGCCAGUCAUUAAAUUAUGUGGGAUUAUAUUUGCCAAAACCUGUAUUUAGUCAUGGACAGCUGUAUGUUGCUUUUUCAAGGGUGACUUCACCGAACGGUUUGAAGAUUCUCAUUAUUGAAAGUGAUGAGAAUUAUGUACAACACACUAAAAAUGUAGUAUACCAUGAAGUUUUUCAUGGUCUUCCUCAAUGUAAAUAUACUUGA